AUGUCUAAUUUAAGAAAGUUCUAUGAACUGUUGCAAAUUAUAAAGCCUUACAUUGAACUGCGAGAUACACGUUUCCGUAGAGCAAUAGGUGCAGAAAAAAAGCUCAUGGUUACAAUGAGAUUGUUGGCGACUGGUGAUUCAUUUCGGACUAUUGGAGAAAGUUACCGUUUAGGAUAUACUACAGUUCAAGAAAUAGUGCAUACAACUUGUUCAGUUAUUUGGGAAGUCUUGUCGAAAAUAAUUAUGCCUGAACCUACUGAGGGAACAUGGAAGAAUGCCGAGGGUUGA